AUGGCCCUGUCCCCUGCGUCUCUCCUCAUGCUGUGCGCCUGGCUCCUCUCCGUGCGCUACGCCUCAUCCACGGACCAGCGGGAUCUGCGCACUCAGGAGCGGCUUUUCCUCUCGUCUCUGGGCCUGAGCUCCAGACCCAGGCCUGGAGGCGGUGCAGGGGCGGGAGGAGGCGGUAUCCCAGGCCGGUCUCCACGAGCACAGGUCCCCGCGGCGCUCUGGAGGAUAUUCCGCAGCUCAGAGCGCAAAAAGCAGCGAUCGGUUGAAGAGGAGAGCGACCCAUGUACUGUGGAGGAGUACGGGGUGAAGGGCAACAUCAUCAGAUACGUGCAGGACCAAGGUGGGGAGGACUCGGCCUGGAGCACUCUGGAGAAGCAGCUCUACUUCAACACCUCGGUGCUUCAGCCGGUGGAGGUUUUAACGUUGGCGCGUCUAGAGCUGCGGUUCCUCUCCAGAGAAACCCUCUCCACCGGCCGCGGCCUCAGCAUCGCCCUCUACAGGAUCCUCCGUGCCACACUCAAAGGUGUGGACCGUCAGACUCACCGCAGGCUGCUCCUCUCCCAGUCCGUGCAGCUAAAGCCGGGCUCUACCACCGUAACCCUGGACCUAACCUCUGUGGCUGAGGCCUGGAGGAAACCGGGACGCAACUACGGGCUGGAGCUUGAGACGGUCCCACUGCUGACACACCAGGAGGAGGUGCUGGCCUUUCAUCCUGGCUCGGUGCAGCCAGAGUGGUCCUUGCCUCUCGUUCAGGCCUCCAUGGUGCUGGUCUCUCUGAACCCGGAGCAGUGCCGCUCGCGUCAGAGGAGGAGUGCCAUGCGUCUCCCGGUCUUCAGGUCCAACGUGUGCAAAGCACGGAGACUGUACAUAGACUUCAGAGACGUGGGUUGGCAGGACUGGAUCAUCGCUCCUCAGGGUUACAUGGCCAACUACUGCCUCGGUGAGUGCCCCUUUCCCCUGAGCGAGAAGCUGAAUGGGACAAACCAUGCCAUUCUGCAGACUCUGGUGCACUCCCUGGACCCCCAUGGGACGCCCCAGCCCUGCUGCGUGCCCAUCCGCCUGUCGCCCAUCUCCAUGCUCUACUAUGACAACAACGACAACGUGGUGUUGAGGCACUACCAGGACAUGGUGGUGGACGAGUGUGGCUGCAGAUGA